ACGAAAGCGCUACUCUUCCGGAUGUGAAUAUAAGUAAUUAUUCCAUAUUAUUUUAAAAUAUAUUUGUAUAAGUAUUUACGUCUAUCCUGCAGUAAGUUUUCAAUUCAGUGGUGGCCAUGGAGCGUAUCAACCUGGAGUCGCCACGAUGGGACCAGACCACGUACAUGGGCCGUGCCCGCCACUUUAUCAGCAUCACCAAUCCACUGAACGUGUUCGCCACCUCAGCUGAACUGGAUGCCGCCAAGGACAUUAUCAGCCGCUACAGAGCUGGCGAGCCGCUGAAGCUGUCUGAGGACGAGCUGUGGCGGGCCAAGACGCUCUACGACUCGGCCUUCCACCCGGACACGGGCGAGAAGAUGCUCCUCAUCGGCCGCAUGUCGGCCCAGGUGCCGUGCAACAUGACCAUCACCGGCUGCAUGAUGACCUUCUACAAGACGACGCCGGCCGUCGUGUUCUGGCAGUGGGUCAACCAGUCGUUCAACGCCCUGGUCAACUACACCAACCGCAGCGGCGACUCUCCCAUCUCGCCCAAGCAGCUGGGUACAUCCUAUGUGCUGGCCACGGGAGGAGCGCUCACCACGGCACUCGGUCUCAACAGCCUGGUUAAGACGGCGCCGCCGCUGGUCGGCAAACUGGUGCCGUUCGCUGCUGUAGCGGCCGCCAACUGCGUCAACAUACCCAUGAUGAGGUCCAAGGAGCUCAGUGAAGGCAUCGCGCUCACCGACGACAACGGCAACCGCGUGGGCAAGUCGAAAAAGGUCGCCCGCGAGGCCAUCGGCAUGGUGACGGUCAGCAGGAUCAUGAUGGCCGCGCCCGGAAUGGUGGGCAUCCCCAUCAUCAUGACUAAGCUGGAGAAGAGAGGCUUCAUCAAGCGCUUCCCCUACCUCAACGCGCCGCUGCAGGUGCUGCUGUGCGGGUUCUUCCUGACAUUCGCCACGCCGCUGUGCUGUGCGCUCUUCCCGCAAAAGUCGGCCGUCGACGUGACCCGACUGGAGCCGGAGGUGCAGGAGGCGAUCAACAAGCUGCCCAACGCGCCGAAGGUGGUCUACUACAACAAGGGCCUGUAGACGCGGCCGCGGCUCCGGCGCUCACCCCAUCUGACCCGGUCAGACCCCCGACUCAGAGUGUCCUGGCACUGAACAGCGCCCCGGUGCAUGUGUCAACUCGUGGAGCAGCUGAGAAAUGAGUGGGACUCCCCGCACCGCGUAGGCUGUAGCUAGGUGGAGCCGGCUGGGGUGUGCUUAUGUUUACGUAGGGUGAUAGUCGCUCGGCGUAUAGUUGGACGGGAAAUGUGAUGGAUUAUACCAUAUAAUCAUAUUCUAGGAGGGGCCGUUGGCGUGAUGGCUUGGUCGGUCAUAGGGAUGCUUGUUAGUGUUGCGAUAGAGCAGAAUCAGAAAUGGCAUUUCCGAUAAUCCAAUCAUCCCACUAAUCGAUCAAAAGACAAUAAGGAGGAGCUAUUCACAAGAAAGUGCUUCUCUGUGAAGCACUUUCUUAGAGACCGAGUUUUCUUAAGUAGACCGAGUAAAGAUACCCGGCACCCACACAGUAGGCUUUCAAAGGCUCUGACCAUGACAUAUUCAGGCAUGGUCUAAUUUUGGUGCGAUUCACGAUUGGUUCAGUCGCUGUUCUCGGGUGUUGAAUGCCACAUCCGAUGGGCAUGCUUGUGGCUGGAACCGGGCGUUGAUGUAGCGGGAACUAGUGGGUGAGCUCAGGAGCAGGAUGGGUGUCGCGGAAUUUGUGCAAUACGGAGCGCUCUGACGGGGCUGUUGAAUGAGCUGGUGAGGACUGCGACGUCCUCUGAGGAACGGCGCCGGGGGAGGAGCGGAAACUGUUGGUGUGGUGGCGGGCGACCCAGCGGCGGAAGGUGGCGCGGCGAGAGACAGGGUCAGCUACUGAGGGCAUCGACUGGAACGGAGAGAACACGGAAAUGAACACUGUGGUGCUAAAAGCACGAUGAAAACGACAUGUGAAAACGGUGGCUAGUCAGCAUAAUGUAUAAGAUCUGAUUCUGGUCGUUCCGGCGGGGAACUAAAAACUAAUGAUCUGGUUAGACAGCACGCACACGCACUCAGUCUUCCGAUGGCUCGUCUAGCGGCAAAGUAUAUUACUUUAGCCGGCCUCUGGUGUGUAUCAGUUGGAACAUAACCGGCUCGAGUGUGUAGAGUUCACCAGUGUGCCAUAGCAGGAUGGUACACCCCAAUCCCUGAAUUUGGACGCGGAGCAUAUCGCUCGUGCGGACGUGGGCUUCUGGCACCCCGGUAGUUAGCUGUGCUGCUUGUGCUGUAACGAUUCGGUAAUUGUGGCAGUGUGUCGCAGUCGGACCAUCUGUACUGCGUGGCGGGAGCCUGUGGGUGACGUGGAUGGACUAAUGCUGACUGAGUGAUUGGAUGUAAGCUCCUGGGCAUUGGGUUUGUAUUUGUCUAGUUUUCGAUUUUCGGAAGGUCAGGAUUGGUGCCAUUUUGUUCGUGACGUGUUGAACGAUUGUUUUGUGGACCUUCAGCUCAGGAAUGUGGGAAUUCGACGCUGAAUUCAUUAUAAAACUGCCUAAACCUGCCAGCAAACGUAUAACGUAAUGCUAAUGCAUUCUUUGAUAUGUGCAAUGUGCAUCGUACAAUAUGCACUCAUUUAAUGCGCAACUUGUAAUUUGAGAGCGAGAGCAGGUGGCAUUCAUAUCACAUCGUGCGAUUUUUAAACCCGCGACGGAUGCUCGUCUUAACCCUAUUAGUGGCAGGGGGGGGGGGGGUGUUUUUAUCCACCCCUCAGGUUUUUCGGGAAUAUCUCCGAAACCGCUGAAGCUACGAUGCUGAAAUUUUCUGACUUUUCUUAAAACUAAAUUGGGCACAUUCCCUGAAAAUUUCAAGUUCAUAACUUUACCAGGGGCGGCUCCAGAGCACUGGGAAUUGGGGGGUCCUAUUCGUGAAGCGAGUCAUUUGGGCGAAGAUCACGAUGCUGCACCAGUUUUACGAACAGUGAAUGAAAGGUAUCAUGUGAUAACAUAUACAAAGUUAUUGUGCAUCCUCUUUUGACACGUUUUUGCUAUAAUAGGCGGAUCCAGGCGUCCAAAAAGGGGGUUAUUUUUUACCUCCCAACAUAGGUGCCCUGACACCGCCUAUGCAUGACCAAUACAAUUUUAGUCGUUCUCUCAUAAGAAAAUUGUAACAUAACAAAACCAUUGCCACCCUUUUUAGAAACAGUACCAACAAAAACCUUAUUUACUAUACUUUUUGUGUACCCCCAAUCUCAAUGGUAUCCGCCUAUGAUUUUUGAAAAUGCAUAUUUUUAGGAUCCAUGUGAAUUCCUGGUUCAUUCUCUAUCGAUCGGCAAAAGUUGCGUUAAGAUUGAUUCAGAAACCUGGCCGUGAUAAACAGUCUAAAAUGUAUCUGCAAUUUGCCCGUUUUUACCCCCCUCUACCCCCCUAUUGACAUUUUUUAAUUUUAUUUUUUUUAGAAAUGUAGAUCUCGUUGAGCGAAAUCGAAUACCGUUUGAAUUUUGAAAAUCGGCCCGUUAGAUCUCGAGAUAUCAAGGGGGGGGUCGUAAACAGCCCCCCCUGCCACUAAUAUGGGGUAGCCAGGAGCCUGCCACUAAUAGGGUUAAUCCGUCAGUUAUUACGUUGGAAAUGCUAUCGAUUGUUCCAUGUUGAUGGUGAUGUGUAUAUAAUGAUAUGCAUGAUUUAGUCAGUAUCAACCUCAGACCCGGGCUAGAGCUCAGCGGAGCGCUCACGGCGGAAGUAUUCGUUUGACGAUAUGUACCCGUUAGUUCAUUUUGUAGACGUCAGCUAUUAGUAUUCCAUCGUGCCAUGCGUUCCAUCUGCCAUCUGUGUCGAUUAUCUAAUGGUGCAAUAAUACAUCUGGAUCGAUGGAA